UCAUCGUCGCCAAUCGCACUGGGACUAUAAGGGAUCGCAACGGCACGCUCUAAAUCGCUUUUCUGCUUCAAUAGAAACGCGAAAUGCGCCUUUGACUUUGUGUGCUUUCGACACUUCACGUAGCACGACGCUAAAGAAUCUCCUCGAGUGUCAUCGUCACUAAUUGCACUGGGACUAUGCGGGAUCGCAAUGGCACGCUCUAAAUCGCUUUUCUGCUAUAAUAGAAACGCAAAAUACGACUUUGACGUUGAGUGCUUUCGGCGCUUCACAUAGCACGAUUCUAAAGAAUCUCCUCGAAAGUCAUCGUCGCCAAUCGCACUGGGACUUUGCGGGAUCGCAAAGGCACGCACUAAAUCGGUCCUCUGCUUCAAAAGGAACGCGAAAUUCGACUUUGACGUUGCUUGAACUCAUCUGCCCAUGACCAAACACUAUUGGCUACUGAUCAAUUGGAUACAUCUGUGGAGGACCCUAGCUAUUCGAGCACUCCUCUUAAAGAAUACCCCACAUCCACAUCAACUUGCUCUCGUGUCAUCCCCACCAACAUUGAAGCAUUAUUUCUUUCUCCAUCCAACUUAAACAUGAAUGCAAGUUCAAGUGACAAUGAUAAUGAAAGUUCAAGUGACAAUAACAGUGAUCAUGAAGAGACACACUCUGAUUCAGAAAAACAGAGCAGUGACAGUGGAUCAGAAGCUGAAGAAGAACAGCAUGAUUUGUCUCAAUAUUCUGAGUCAAAUAAUGUGUUAGAAAUAGGUGAAUUGGAUGAAUCUACAGAAAACAUCCGUUCAGCAGACAAUGCACUUUCUAAAGCUAUUCUUUUUUCUGAGCUCCAAUUGUAUCCUUCUCCUCUCUGUCAUCUCUCUGUUCUUGAGGGUAUUCUAGACAUUAUGAAUUUGUACUUAAAAAACAAGCUUUCUAAGAAUGGUUUGCAGCGGCUCAUUGAAACUACCUGCAAGUUUCUCCCUACAAACCAUAAUUUACCAACUUCCUCUUAUCAGAUUCUUACAUUUGUUCAGAGCUUAGCACCUCCAGUACCAGCUGUUAAACAUUUUUAUUGUAAAAGCUGUUUUCAUUAUCAUGGUGAAAGUAAUGUUGGUGAAUGUGCCAUCUGCAAAGUGUCAACCAAUUUUGGUCAUUUUUACAUUUUUGAUGUUGCUGCACUUUUAAUAUUUUUUUUUGAACAUAGGAAUUUGGCAGAUCUUAUGGAUAAUGAAGCAAGAAAAAGAAGUAAUAGAGAUCCUAAGCUACUGACCGAUUUAAAAGAUGGUAGUGUGUAUUAAUCUUUAAAUAAAAAAAGAGCGAGGUAUGAUGUGAAUCUUUCUCUUAGUGCUGAUGGUCUUAGAGUCAGAAAGGGAGGCAAAAGUGAAUUAUGGCUAGCAAUGAUUUCAAUUGUCGAGUUGCCCAUUAAUUUGCAAAGGUCUUUUCUAACUGUAGUAGGUGUGUGGUAUCAUUCAGUAAAACCAGACAUGAGAGUGUUUCUUAAACCGUUUGCGGAAUCUUUACAACAUCUUGAUCUAAAUGGUGUUGAGUGGACUCACCCCACCACGGGAGAAGUACAUAAGAGUUGUGUCCGGUUACCAGUCACUAUUUUGGAUGCUCCAGCUCGAGCCAUGGUUCAAAAUAUUAAGGCCUUCAACAGUAAAUAUGGUUGCAAUAUUUGUGAAAUUAAGUUACAGAGAAGUGUACAUGUUCCAGGCCGCAAAGCAGUAAGAGUUUACCAUUAUGUACCUAAUCCUCCUUUGCGUACUAAAGAAUGAAUGUUACAUCAAGCUGAAACAGCAGUGUUGGAAAACAAGAAAUCCGUUAAGGGGGUAAAAGGUCCUUCUGUUUUAAGCAUUAUACCUUCAGUAGAUAUAUCAAAGUGUAUCGUGCCUGAAUACCUCCACUCAGUUUUAAUUGGAGUAGUCAGACAAUUAGUAGUUAUUUGGUGUUCAAAACCAGGUCCCUGGAGUAUAAAACAUAGAAUUUCUGAAAUUGAUGCUUUCUUAGCAACUUUCAAGCACCCCAGUUUUGUUCAUAGAUCAGUGAGGCAACUUAAAAAUUUUAAAAGUUGGAAAGCAUCUGAUUAUUAUUGGCUGAGCGAUAGCGAAGCCUGUUACUC